UUCUGUGCUUGUUGGGUGCCGCAACGCAUUGACUCGUCACGCAUUAUCUCGACCUCGAUCGUAUGCGAUGCGAUGAUGAGGUUGCUUGCUUCUUUCUUGCUAUAAUACAAUGCACUCCACUCAAGCAAUCGUAUCCUCGCGAGCAGUGCCUACUCAGCGAAUGCGCAUUCACCCGUAAUAGACCAGCAUUACCGCUGAAAGCACUCUCGUCACCAUCUAGCAAUGUUGGUCCCUGCCAUGUCACGCGCCGGAACGCGUGCAUGUCAAUCUAUCCUCAACAUCAACCUUCCGCAGUCAGCUGGUUCGGCGUCGACCUUCCCAUCUGCAGGUUGUCUGUACUGCAAACGUGAAUAUCAACUUUUCGCGCGAAAUUCCUUCGCAAACAGCGGCAGUAUCAAUGGCGGCAAGAGGAGCAUUGGUGUUGGCGAGAAGGGACGAAAGGAUGCUCGUCUGAAACUUCCGCCAACCCUCUCAUGCAGAGCAGGGAACUUUCCGCGUUGCCCAAGACGAACAUUCUUGCAUUCUUCGACUGUCAGCGCGAUCCGCAAACCUGAUCCUGGCGGAAAGCCUGUCGGCCCUAAUGAUCGGACAGUCUAUGACGACUUUACCAACAUCUUAUCUCCCAAUGCACUGUCACCAUCCUCUCCUUCAGGAGAUCUGGGCUCUUUGGCAGAGGGUCCAGUGACAAUCACAUCCAUGUCACCGCAGAGUUUCACACUCUCAGACGGUCUCGUGGUCUCUCAGCCUCUACUUCUGCUCAACGGCCAAGUCUUUCUAUGGCUCCCGCCCGCUUUGGAUCACAGCCGGGCGGCGCCGAACGGACAAGGAUGGGAAGAGUGGCUGGAGCAAGCAGGAGGAAGAGAUGAGAUCUGGAAGAUUUUGGAAGUCAUUGCUCCCAAGCCAGAAAUUCUGCUUUUUGGUACAGGAAAGACUGUGCUUCCCCCGCCUCAACAGAUCAGAGCCUACUUGGGCAGCAGCCUAGGCAUUCAACUUGAAGUCCAAGACUCACGCAAUGCGAGCUCGACGUACAACAUGCUGCAGGAGGAAGGGCGUAAAGUUGCUGCUGCGCUUUUGCCAGCCGGUGGUUGGAAUGGCACCUUGAAGAGCUAG